AUGGUAAAGAAGUCAGAAUCUAUAGCCCGCUGGGUCAUCGAGAAUAGCGCGCGGCGCUUUCCCCACGUCUUCCCCCUCCCAGCCAGCCCCUCCUGUUCGCUUCAGCCCCCACCACCCGGCCUCCAAUUCCGCAAACCCGCCAUAGUCAAACCAAAAGGCAUCCGCAUCGUGCCCACGCCCCGACACAUGAAAGGCCGUCGUUCUCCGCUAUACCAGGAGAUGAAUGCCUACGAGCUCGCAUGGCAAGUCGAGCAAGAGCAGAUCCAGAGCGACUACUUCUGCGUCGAUGAAGAGGAUGAUUUCUACGGACCGGAUAGUUUCGACGUGGAUGUCAUGGACGUUGACGUGUAUCACGGGUACCCGCCACCGCCAGAUCUGGUCGUGGACGAGGGCUACGACGAGGCGAUGGACUGCGAUUACGACGAACAGGACGAGAAGAAGCUCCUAGCGAGUAUAUACGAUACUAUGUGGGGCCGUACGAGUGCCGCUGGGGCGCCGAGGACGAGUACCUCGUUUGCGUGUGCGACGUAUGAGGAGGAUAGUACGAGUACGGAGAGCGUACAUUGCGCACGAUGUCAUACGACAUACGCACCGCGGGAUAACGGGCCAAGCGCAUGUGUCAUACCACACGUCUUCGAGUUCAACGGCGACGCGCUGAGCAAUGGAUGGUGUGCUAGCGCAUGUUGUGGGCCGUCUGUUCGCGUACGGAGAGGGAAGGGCAUUGCGCCGGAUGAAGUGCGCGCUACGAGCUCUCUCGGUGAGCCGGGCUUGGACGACAGAGUGUCUGAUUGGGCCGUACGGGUGCGCGUCAAGGAGAUUGACGUAUGGGAUGGGGAAGGAGCUGUUUACAACUGA